AUGCAUAUUAACCCCGCCCUCUUGGUCUCGCUGGCACUAAGGGCCAUCGCCGUCGGCGCCAGCCCUGCACCGUCCGCGAUCACGGCUCCUCCAACUGCGCAAGAGAUCCAGAAACGUGCCACGUCAUGUACAUUCUCCGAGUCCAAUGACGCUUCCUUAGCCAGCAAGUCCAAGACCUCCUGUUCGACCAUCGUCCUUUCCAACGUGGCCGUGCCUUUGGGGACCACCCUCGACCUGACCAAACUGAAUGACGGAACCCACGUGCGGCAACCCCUUCUUCUUCCACGGGUCAUCUUCGAAGGUGAAACCACCUUUGGCUAUUGGGAGUGGAGCGGUCCGCUUAUUUCAGUCUCGGGCUCGGCCAUCACCGUGACGGGUGCGAGCGGGCACUCAAUCAAUGGCGGCUCGGGUGGCAAGACCAAGCCUAAGUUCUUCGCUGCGCACAGUAUGACCAAUUCAGUCAUCAGCGGUUUAAGAAUUGAGAACUCGCCCGUGCAGAACAUCUACUUCUCCGGCGGCGUUUGCUCCGGAGGCCAUGGUCUCUCCAUCGCCUCUGUCGGCGGUCGCAGUGAUAAUACUGUCAAGAACGUGACGUUCUAUGAUUCGACCAUCAAAACCUCACAGGAUGGGGUCUGCAUCAAGACCAUCUAUGGCGACACCGGUGCCGUCAGCGACAUCACCUACAAGGACAUUACUCUGUCAUCAAUCACCAAAUAUGGAAUAAUCGUGCAGCAGAAUUACGAUGAUACUUCGAAGAGUCCCAGCAACGGGGUGACCAUCAAGGACUUCGUGCUGGAUAAAGUCCAGGGUACGGCUAAAAGCACGGCGUAUGAUAUCUACAUUGCCUGUUGGUCGGGGAGCUGCACGGACUGGACAUGGUCGGAUGCGUCGGUCACUGGGGGAAAGACAAGCUCGUCCUGUGUGAAUGUUCCCUCGGGGGUGAGCUGCUAA